AUGCGAUUUCUCGCGAUUUUCGUCGUUUGCCUGUACGCUGUGCUGGUACAAACCACUCCAGUCGAGAAGGAGCAACGCAUUCAUAAUGGCCAAAUGGCGGAGCCCGGACAGUUUCCGUAUGCGGCCGGAUUGAUCUUGGCCACUGGAAUCUGCGGUGGAUCGCUAAUUUCACCGAACUACGUUCUAACAGCCGCUCAGUGCAUCGUUAACGUAGAAAAGGUUACCGUUGUGUUGGGUAGCACCCGAAUCUUCGACCAAACCGACGAGAAUCAGGUCCGAUUGGAAGCGACGCAGUUACUCGUCCAUCCGGGAUACGAGAUAGCGGGAGAAAUUUUCGAUGUCGGAUUAGUACAGCUUCCCAGCACUGUAACUAUUUACAGACCGAUUCGACUGCCAAACCUUCGCCAGGUGGAUGCAACCUUCGUCGGACAGGAAGCGACCGUCAUCGGAUGGGGAUUUGUCGGCAAUAGUGGACCACAAUCGCCGGAUUUGCUGUUCGCUAGAAUGCCAGUGGUUUCAGUAGUAUCCUGUCGGCUGAGUCUGCCGACGCAGCAAAUCACCGACAAUCAUAUCUGCACAAAUUCGGAAUUGAGCGCACCCUGCAGCCAAGACUACGGCAGUCCACUAACCGUUGUGGAUGUCGAUGGAAUCACCACUCAGAUUGGGACAAUGCGUGGACUAAGAAACAUUCUACUUUUAACCUUUUCCGUGGUGGCUGUCGCUGCGGUUUACCCUUCGGCACCAACCGGAUCCCAGCGUAUCUCCGGAGGAACCAUCGCAUCGCCCACGGACGUCCCAUGGGCUGUCGGAGUAAUCAUCCACGGAGGAACUUCCGGACAUGACUUUUGCAGUGGUGUCCUGAUCUCCAGCCGUUUUGUUCUAACUGCAGCUAACUGUAUUUCCGGGGCAAACACGGUAACUGUGGCUUUGGACGCCGCUGACUUCACCAGCAUCGGAACACUGAUCGGAGUGUCGAACGUGUUGAUACAUCCGAACUUCAGCUGGCUGCUUGGUAGAGACGAUAUUGCCAUUCUGACCCUGAAUCAGGAAGCUCCCAUCAACGAUAGUACAAUCAGAGCGGUUCAGAUGCCCCGCCGAUCGGACGUCGGCAAGAGUUUCGUCGACUGGGUUGCCACUACGGCUGGCUGGGGAAAUACCGGCAAUCGUGAUAAUGAACCUAUUCCGACUCAACAUCUGCAGUUUGCCACAGAUACGGUGACAUCUAAUCUAGCCUGUCAGUUAUCGUACACCUGGGUGCGGAGUACUCACAUCUGUGUCGCAACGAACAAUGGAGGGCCGUGUAAUGGAGAUGAAGGAGGUCCAGUUACGGUCCGUGAAGCAGGUCGAAUCGUUUUGAUUGGUAUCCAUUCAUUCCAUUUCAACGGAAUCCGUGGCUGCGAUCGUGGACGAUCGGCAGUACACACUCGAAUCACAGAAUAUCUGGACUGGAUCGAGGCAAAUACGGAUGUGAUUAUUCCGGCAUAG